AUGCCCGAACUCGAAAAUGUCGGCUAUUCGCAUGAGGCGACGAUCUCUGACAUUCGCAAGUACUACCAAUAUCUCGUCAGCAUGUAUCUCGACGACUCCAUGGUUGUCGAGCCGCCUGAAGGAGGCUGGCCACACAUCACCACGGAGACUGCGAAGGAUCUGGGCAAGUCGGAUGAAGUGAUCAAACUGCUUCGCCAUUUGCCCUAUAUCUGCAGGCCUGACGACGGCCGGGACAUGGCUCAAGGCGUCCCCGGGGGCUACUUCGCAGACUGGGCCGCGGAGAUUAAAAUUGCAGGUGAAGAAAGAAAUGGAUUCAAGAUUGUCAGGCAGCUUUCAGAAAGCUCAAGCUUGGCGGGAAAAGUCCCGCCGCACGUCAUCGGCCUGACGAUGGGCGCCCGCGACACUCCCAUUUUCCUUCUCGACACCGAGCUCGGGGUCGUGUAUUGGUACGAAUGCCCCGGCGAAAUCAGGCACGACUCGGAGUACGAGCAGAUCGAGGACGAUCCUUACGACUAUGCGCCUGAGGAAGAGGCCGAGUGGCGAGCUGAAGGCGGUAACUGGGCCAUCCCUGACUUUUUUGAAGAGUUGAAGGCACAUUUCCGAGAGCUUCACUUUGUUCCGGUCAACUCACGAGAAGUCAAAGACAUUUGGACCAUAUUCCAUCCCUCAGAGAAAGCCUCGCUGGAGAUGAUACGGGGUAUAUACCGCGAGCAUCAUUGGCCAGAUUUGAAGAAGUUUGACAAGUCAAAGUGUCAACAGGCAUUACAGGCUGCUUUCCCGGAUAACUUUUAA